AUGACAUCCGGCAUGGCUGACUCGGAUGCAGACGAGCUGAAGGAGCGCAUCCAGAACUUGCCGCAGGAGCUCCAAGACCACAUAUUCGAAUACACCAUUGCCAUCGAGCCUGGUGUCAUCACCAUCGACAAGAACUACAAGCCGUCGUGA